UAUAUUUUGAUGUGCUUUGAAUGGCUUCUCUUUUUAUCUCUCUCUUUGCUCUUAUCUUAAAAAAACAAAACAAACAAAACAGCUGUAAAUAAUUUCUUCCACAUACUGCUGCCCAAAUGCUUCAAAUGAACAGUUUGAGAGUCCAAAGGGAGUUCAUAGACUUUUGGGUAUUUCAAUAGUGUCUCAGGCCAGGUCCCAAAGAGAAGGUCUGUCAUGCGGUCAAAGUGCUCUCUCUCAUGAGGAAGUCCCCUUUCCAUUUCUCUUGUACACAGGCAGUGCCAAGCAGAAUAUUUAUUUGGCCUGGCAUGUUUUAGAUCCAUUCAUCUACUGCUUGAAGUUCUGAAGUUUGGCUGUCAGUAGCAAUCAAUGUCAGAGACUGAAUUUAUCUCUGGUUGCAGUCACUCAGAAUUCUCAAACUUGUCUAUGUCAGAAUCCUCAAAGGCAAGCAGGUACCAGCUGGUGAGCAGCUGAUGAGUCUGUGACCCCAAACAACACCCUUUAACUUUGUGAGGAAACAGUGUUGUUUGCUUGUUCUCCCAGCUUGAACGGAUUUCACCCAGUGGAGUGUUUCCAGAGCUAGAAAAUGUAAGCAAGCAUAAUUGAUGUGCGGACUGUAUACAUUGUUACUUUUCUGUUGCCCCCGCUAUAACACCACCUCCAAAAGCAACCUAUAGAACAAAGUGUUUAUUUUGGCUUAUGGUUCCAGGAAGAGUCCAUAAUGGCAAGGUAGGCACAAAAGCAGGAGGGAGGAGCAGGAAGCUGCUGACCACAGUUUCAGCUGCACACAGAAGCAGAGAGCAAGUAAAGGAAGCCGGCUUACAGAGCCAGUCAAGGCCGUAAACCUUAUGCUGUUCAGAGCUUCAAACCCCAGGGAUGCACUUCUUAGAUUCCUUACCCUCGCCAACAGCACCACCAUCUGGGUACCACAUGGUCAAAUAAAUGAGUCUGUGGGGAACAUUUGAACCACCAUACCUCGGCUCUCAAAAAAUCGUUUUUUUGAUGAGACUGUGCUGUCUCUAUGUACUGAAAGCAGAGAAUAGAAAAUUCAACUUUUGAACAGAACCAUAAAGAAAUAUAAUGAGUGUCUCAAAUCAAAGGAGGUUUUCUGCUUCUAUGUCACCUGACAAGUCCUUGUUUAAAACACUCCUAGAGGAAGACACUCUGCCCAGCCCUGUGUGAGUCCACGGAAGGGAAUUCCCAUGACUUGGUAAAAGGCUCCAUGUCCUUAAUGAUGACUUGUAAUCACGAAACGCAUUUCCCUGCUGAUGGCUCUGGGUAUUUUCUGAGACAGACAACGUUCUGUCUCCCAGGAGGCCCCUUGUUAGAUAGGAGAACCACUUGCCUUUCCUGAACUGCCUCAAGGCACCCUCCAGAUGCUGCAUGAUUAUAAAGGCACGAUACACAUCUUCAAGGUCUCCAAACAAUGUGCUCUGAGGACCCUUCCGCUGUGAUUGGCAAUGUGUGACCCUUCUGCAUGCAUGGAGAUGGCUGUUAACUGUUCAUUUAGCCUGUGCUUUCAUUUAGCUGCAUCUGAAGAUGGAGGGACAGGAGGUGCCUAUAGUUGCUUUUCCCUGGAGUUGCUUCUUCUACAUAUUACAGCACGGUCUUUCACUGAUGGCUGGGAGGGACUCUGUGAACACACAGAGAGCACACAGCAUGAGGAGUAGUGGUAGGCCCCGUUGUCAGCUAGUUUCUGUCACACCCGAAUAGGUGCUCUUUUCUCCCAAGGACGCUUUUUGUUGCCUUGUCAGUGAACAUUUUUAACCUGUGGUCCAUCAAGCAAUGCUAAUAUGAUGUUAGGGACUGGCUUUGGAAUGGAGCUGGAGAUGCUGUAAACCCCAUGUACAGAGUGUGUGCUUCUGUUCACUGUCCCCCUCUAUGUACAGAGUGUAUGCUUCUGUUCACUGUCCCCCUCUAUGUACAGAGUGUGUGCUUCUGUUCACUGUCCCCCUCUAUGUACAGAGUGUGUGCUUCUGUUCACUGUCCCCCUCUAUGUACAGAGUGUGUGCUUCUGUUCACUGUCCCCCUCUAUGUACAGAGUGUGUGCUUCUGUUCACUGUCCCCCUCUAUGUACAGUGUGUGCUUCUGUUCACUGUCCCCCUCUAUGUACAGAGUGUGUGCUUCUGUUCACUGUCCCCCUCUAUGUACAGAGUGUGUGCUUCUGUUCACUGUCCCCCUCUAUGUACAGAGUGUGUGCUUCUGUUCACUGUCCCCCUAUAUGUACAGUGUGUGCUUCUGUUCACUGUCCCCCACUAUGUACAGAGUGUGUGCUUCUGUUCACUGUCCCCCACUAUGUACAGUGUGUGCUUCUGUUCACUGUCCCCCUCUAUGUACAGUGUGUGUGCUUCUGUUCACUAUGUACAGUGUGUGCUUCUGUUUACUGUCCCCUACUAUGUACAGUGCGCAUGUGUGUGCUUCUGUUCACUGUCCCCCACUAUGUACAGUGUGUGCUUCUGUUCACUGUCCCCCACUAUGUACAGUGUGUGUGCUUCUGUUCACUAUGUACAGUGUGUGCUUCUGUUUACUGUCCCCUACUAUGUACAGUGCGCAUGUGUGUGCUUCUGUUCACUGUCCCCCACUAUGUACAGUGUGUGCUUCUGUUCACUGUCCCCCACUAUGUACAGUGUGUGUGCUUCUGUUCACUGUCCCCCACUAUGUACAGUGUGUGCUUCUGUUCACUGUGCCCUACUUUCCCUGGGCUCAGAGAUCAUUCACAGAUGCAAAGGUAUCUGAGGUCUUAAAAGACUUGUUUACCUCAGGAAUGCUCAAGGCACUUAGCGUGACAGUCUAUGACUCUUAGCUAUAUUCUCCCUCUCUUUCUCUUUCCCUCCUUCCUUUCCUCCCUUCCAUCAGCCUAUGCUCUUCUAAAUUUAAAAAAGUUAUUGAGCUUGUUACUUUCUUGAAGGGGAGGCUCUGUGUGGGUCUAUAAGAACUAGAAAGCCUUUACAGAAAUGAACAAAAGGGAAAACCCAAACCUCUGGUGUGAGACCUAACUGUGAAUCCAAGGUCUGUCACACAUGUGUUUGCUCACAUGCAUCACUGUGCACACAUGGGCAGCCCAGACAGAAUGAAGUACUCUGAGAAGACCAAGGUUUUAGUAUACGUGCAUUGCCUACAUGUGCUUGUCCAGCCCACGUGUGCAGUGCCUGCAGUUCCGAGGGCGUCAGACCCCUCAGAACUGGAGUUAAAGUGGGUUGUUUUGCUACCGUAUGGGUGCUGAGAUUUUAGCAGUGCUCUCUGGAGGAGCGGCCAGUGUCCUAAGGGCAGAUCUAGUUUUGCAGCUCUCAAGACACUUGAGUUAAAAUGGGCUGGAGAGCUGACUUGUCAGUUAACGGUACUUAAUGUUCUUGUUGAUGACCAUUUGGUUCCAGCACUCACAAUGGCCUGAAACUCCACUUCUGGUGGGUUCAACACUCUCUUUUGACCUCUGGUUUCAGUAGGAUACCAACACAUAUAUAAUACAUUAAUAAUUUAAAUUAUAAAACAAAAACCCAACCCAACCCAACAAAAGGGAUGAUAUUUUCUAAGUGUUUAGUCUGAAGUCAUGGACAGUUAGUAUCAACUUCAGUUCCUUGUGUUUAGAGUCUGUCUUUCAAGUCCUUUAGACUUGCCAGGUAUGGUGGUGCACACGUUGAACGCCAACACUCCAGAGGUGGAGGCCUGUGGAUCUUUGAGUUAAAGGCCAGCUUAGUCUGCAUGAUAAGUUCCUGGCCAACCAGGGUGUGGUGUUUUGUUGUGAGUGGCUUUCAUACAUUAAAUACUUGGUUUCCAGUUGGUGGAACUUUGGGAGGAAGGAUUAUGGGGUGUGGCUUUGUUGGAAAUGAUGUGUCACUGGGGGAGGUGGAGGGCUUGAGUUUCAAUAGAUUUGUGCCAUUCCUAGAGUCCUCUCUGCCUCCUGCUUCAGUCCGAGAUGCAAGAGCUCAGCUGUUCCUCAGCUGUGCCUUUGCCCCGCCAUCAUGGCGCUAACCCUCUGAAACCAUCAGUCCAAUCAAACUCUGUCUUUUCUAAGUGGCCUUGGUCAUAGUGUCGAAUCAGAGCAAAGGAGAGUAACUAACACACGGGGCUACCUAGUGAUACCCCGUCUUUAGGAAAAAGCCCUUUAAAUUAUGAAUUUGUUUUUAGAUUUCCUGUUGGACGCACAUUCUUAACUCUUUUCCCAAGUUAGCAAUCUCCAUGGCCUAAUUAGUGAGACAAUUGUUUACUGUGACUACAGACUUAGUCCUAUGAUUCCGCGUGUCUGUUCACGUACUUGGUGUGGGGAGUAUUUCACCGUCCGUGUAUGUAUGUGCCUUUUUGGUGGGGAGGUACUAAUGGCUGACCCACAGUUGCUAGGCGCCUGCUCUUCCACCACGGCACAGCGCAGGCGCAUUCCGUACGCUUCACAUGGUCACUGCUGGUUCUUCAGAUGAGUCUUUCUUUGCACCCUAUACUUACCCUUCAACUCACUGGAAUCCCCGUUUCGGUCCCUGGAGGGUUAGGAUUACAGGCGUAAGACAUCAUGCCUGGCUGUUAUGUCUUAUUUUCUCAUUGUUUUUAAAGGUUUAUUUUUCACAGUGAAUUUAUAUUUAUAUUUUGAUUAGUUUUUGAGAGUUUUGUAUAAUGUGUUUUGAUUGUAUUCUCUGCCCACCAUUUCCCAGAUUCACCUUGUUCUCCUACCCCAUGUCUAGGUUACUUUUCUAUUGCUGAGAUAAAGCCCCAUGGGCAAAGCAACUUGUAGAAGGAAGGGCUGGCUUAGUGUGCGUGCUCUCAACAGCCGGACGGCCUCGCCAGCCCCAUUGCAUCCUUCUUCAUGGGGACAUGUAUUUUUAUUCUACUUACAGAUUUCCAGCAGUUAACUUAAAAAUGUAUUUUCAGCUUAUCUGCUCCUUAACUACUUUGUCCUAUUUUUCCUUUUCUCUUUUAUUUUCAGUAGUUCUUGAAGAUUCUUUUUCUGUGAUGAUGUGUUAUGGUUUCUGGGUUCUUAUUUGUCUUUUACUCUUGAAGACAGCUUGGUUAGAAUCUGAGUAUUAAUGAGGAAUCUAUAUGUUCUUUUUAGGUAAAAUGUCAAUUUUUUCCUAUUGUUUUUGAUAUUUGUUCAUUAAUAAUGCUUUGUUUCACUCCAGCUACCUUGAUUAUAAAUUCAUUUACAUAUUUAUAUUUCAACAUACUGCUAUGCAUAUAUACACAUAUACACAUACAUACACACACAUAUAUGUACACUUGUAUAUCUGUCUAUAUCUAUCUAUCUAUCUAUCUAUCUAUCUAUCUAUCUAUCUAUCUCUAUAUCUGUGUGGCCUCAAUUGCUUGACUGUCCUGGAAUUCACUCUGUAGAUCACUCUGAACCAAAGGUCUGCCUCCCUUUGCCUCCCAAAUGCUGGGAUUAAAGGCAUGCACCACCACCACCUGAUACUGAUACUAUGUUAAAUAUUUUACAUUAAAUGCCAUUAUAGAUUAUCUUCCCACGUCAAUUAAUCUGCAUCUGUCACAUCGUUGACUACAUUUGUUUGAGUGCAGCUGUGUGUGCUCACAUGCUGCACACAUGCUUAGAACAGGGCUGACACUGCCAGCCUGCCAUUCAGGAUGUCAGCCUGUGUGCUGAGGCAGCUCCUGUUGUCUUAGGGACACCUCUGCACAUCUCUCAAUUCCACACUCAGUCCCACAGUCAAAGCACUGACACUGUGGACAUCAACAAAGCCACAAAUCAGUAACUGUUUUCCCAUUUUCUGGUGAGCUGCUUCUGAAGCACCUCUCUUACACCUCAUAGAUUAUCUUCCUGUGGGUACUUGUUCCCUCCUGAUGACAUCCUGAUACCUGCCUUCUCUAGGUUUACCCUUGCUUAGCUCCGGAUUCACUCCUGACUAGAACGAAAAUGUGUGUGGGAUGCAUUGAGUCCAUUGCUGCUUGGGUCCUGGGAUCCUCCGUUCACCAGUAUACCCACUAGCACAUUUGCUUGACACUAGUACAUCUGCUUAUGAAGAUUUCAUGAGGGUCUAGCAGCACAUGGAGCAUCAGACACACAGUUGAGGAGGCAACCUACCAAGCCAAGGUCAGCUUCAGUGCUCAGGGAACCUUCUGCUCUGGGGCAAUGCCUAGCAGGGCUGUAUUCCUGCAGCCCACUGGACCUUGAGCCUAACCCAUGCUCCCUCAGUGUGGAGAGGGGCAGUGGAAGCUCAGUAGGGUUGCUGUCCUUUUAGAUGUGUGUUCCUCAUCGCAAACCUAACUUGAUCUGUCUUAAAGAGGAAGACGACCUUACCAACCUCAGCCUUGGUGACUUCCUGGAUAUCUGAAGCACAUAUUUUACACUUAGGAGUGGUGUUUGCCAGGGCUCUGAAGGAGAAAAGAACCGAUAGAAUGAGCAUAUCUAUAUUAUAGAGGAGAUUUGCUAGGAUCGCUGGCAUGCUGGGGACUGGAUAGUUCGAUGAUGGGCCUGCUGGAGAGGCUGAGGGUGUGGUGCCUGCUCAGUCGACGAAGCUGGAUGCCUCAGCAGCCCUGUCGAGAGCCGAGGGCCUGAGACCUUCCUGGAGAGGCCCUGGUAUUCUGUCCAUGUCGGAAGGCUGACAAGGGGGCCACUCACUACGAGAUGGCCUUUCCUGCCUCAGUUUAUCCUCUCUGCAAACACCUCCAGUGACCGCCUUCUAAUUGACUCUAACUCCUGCCAACCGACCACCGCAGGACUUGAUUUGUACUUACGAUUUAAAGAAAAUGAUUAAGAGCACUGAAAAUUUGAAAUACCAAUUACUUUUUAGCUUUAUGUUUUGAUGAGUUCAAGAUAACUUUAUAGUAAUAUGAAAAGAUUGAACUUUUCUUCCAAUUCACAUAAGUUACAAAGACUACUAUAUUGGAAGGUUUUUUCUUUUUUUUUCUUUUUUUUCUUUUUUUCUUUUUUUCUUUUUUUGCCAAGCACCUAAGAUUUUUGCAUUUCAAAGGGUGACUGAGACCGGUAGUGGGCAGCCACACCAGAGUAGUAUCUGGCAAAAUAGUGAAAAAUUUAAUUGAAGGGAUUAUUCCCUCUUUACACUAACACAAUAAGGUAAUGUCUCAGAUUGACUAAGGUUAAAAUAGUCACAGUGCAUUAUAUGUUUUAUGAAUUAAUAUUAAGUAUUAUAUGAGUGAAGCAAUUUAUUGCCUGUGUUUGUGGUCUCAAGAGAUAAAUGGUUCUUAAAAGUGAUGUGGUUCUGUUCUGUCUCUUCCUGUCAGUGUUCUCAUUGGUGAUCUUAGGAUCUCCAUCACUUCUGCAGAGCAGCACAGACCUGCAGACAUGUAAGCAGACCCAGGAGCUUACCUGCACUAGGCCAAUGCUCACAGCUGAGGAGAAGCCUAGAACAGAGUCUGAAGAGCAGGCAGUAGGGAUAAAGCAACACACUGACAGUUUCCAUAGCUUACUAUGAAAUUCCCAUGCAGGCCAGGCAUUUGUUUGUUCUUAAAGGUGCCCCACAAUUCAUCUGAAGCUCCAUUGGCUAAAAGACACUGACAUAGUGCCUACUUCCUGUGUCAUGAGAGAAAUGUAUGUCUGGAAGGCAUCUGGGGACAUAUGCUUUCCCUGACUUGUGCUUAGUGAGUGGUGGCCAUUCCUGUGAAAGAUAUGGCCUUGGCAAUGCUUGGUUGGGGACCUCACAGUCCAGGAGGCUUUGGGGCUCACUAGUUCAGAUGAACAGGGCUCUCUAAACAUCAAGGGGAGUAUGAGGGAAUUGUCUGGAUGAAACCGGAGCUCAGGGUUUUAAAGUUUGACCAACAUGGUUUGUAUUGGAGGAAAGUAUGUGUGUGUACAUCUUGAUGGAGUAACUCGAAAGCGUGGAGCAAGGACUUAAGGCUGAAUUAAUGUGACCCACAAAUGCUAAUGGAGACUCAGCGGCUAGGGAAUUUUAAAAAUUAGAGUGUGUUGUGUUGUGUGUAAGUGUGUGUGUGUGUUAUGAGUGUGUCGGGUUUAUGUAGUGGCCUGUGUGUGUGUGUGUGUGUGUGUGUGUGUGUGUGUGUGUUACAUAUGGGUGUGUUGGGUAUCUUCCUCUUUCCAUAUCUGCCUUGUUGCCUUGAGACAGUUGGUCACUGAACCAACAACUCUAUUUGGCUUCACUAGCUAGUCAGUGAGCUCACAGGGUCUGGGCUCCAUCUAGUCAUGUUCCUACUGUUAGGGUCACUGGAACAAGCAGCCAUGCCCACUUCUGCUAAUGGAUUUUAAAUCUGGUUAAUGUUUUGUUACUGCCCUAUGUUGAAAUUUCACAGAUCUUGAAUGUGAAUGGUCCGCCCAACUGUCUGCUUUAAAUUUUGUCCAUAAAUCCUACUAUAUUUCAUGGACAAUUUUGUGGGAGGCAAGAUGUUGUUUGUAUGUCUGUAUAUCAGUGUGUCCAUGCACUCAGAUGUGAAUGGCAUGUAUGAAGUUUAUUGUGUUGCUGAGGUGGGGGCUUAGUAAUGCAAAUCAAACCCUGUACUUACUUGAUGCCUUCCUCUUAAAAUAACCUCACAAAUGCCCAUGAACAAAUAUAGAGCGAUGGGUGCAGAGGAAGAGACUCUUAGAUGAGGUGACUCUGGUCUUGAGCUGUCACUCACCCAUCAGUUAGAGACUGAAUCAUGUUUGAUAAUUUAUCAACUAUCUUUGAUAAGAGGGAACCCCACCCAUAGUAUCUCAGAAGGUAGCAGGACCAGGAGAAUUUCGCCGACAUCCUCACAGCAGCCACGGCUUAGGACAGUCCCAAUCUGUUAUGAUUGGUGUCUCUGUAAGGAUAGGACACAGAUGUGGGGAGUUGUGUUGACACAGGUGAAGAGAGGUCUGGACUCAGGGUGCUUAAGGAUGUUGAAGCUACAGUGGCAGCUUCAACAACAAACAUUGUGUUUACUAUAGUUCUGAGAUGUUGAGAGACUGAGAAACCAGCAUGUACUGGUUCUUAGGAUGUGCUUUCUUGGUUUUGUCCUUAUGUGGCAUGGUGUGUGUGUGUGUGUGUGUGUGUGUGUGUGUGUGUGUGUGCAUGUACGUGCAUAUGUGUUUGUGUUUGUGUUUUUGUGUGUGUAUGUGUGUGUUUAUGUAUGUAUGUGUGUAUGUGUAUUUAUGUGUGUAUGUGUGUGUGUGCGCAUGUACGUGCAUAUGUGUUUGUGUUUGUGUUUUUGUGUGUGUAUGUGUGUGUAUGUGUAUGUGUUUAUGUAUGUAUGUGUGUAUUUGUAUUUAUGUGUGUAUGUGUAUGCAUGUAUAUAUGUAUGUGUAUGCAUAUAUGUGUGUAUGUAUGUGUAUGUGUUUGUGUAUGUAUGUGUAUGUGUAUGUAUGUGUGUAUGUGUGUGUAUAUGUAUGUGUGUAUGUAUGUGUUUGUGUAUGUAUGUGUAUGUGUUUGUGUAUGUAUGUGUGUGUAUGUGUGUAUGUGUGUGUAGAAGGCACAUCCCAGAGCAGCUGCAUCUCUUCCUGUUUUCAAAGGUCAUUAAUCUGGCCAUUGUCACCCCACCCUCACUACCCCAUCUAAACCAAGUAACUUCGCAAGGCCAUCCAAAUACCAUCACACUGGGGUUUGGGUCUUCAGCAAAGGGAGUUAAAGGGCCACAAGCAUGCAGACUAUAGUUGUUGUGGGACAUCACCAAGCUCAAAAGGAAGCUGCCAGAAGAAGCCAUGACUCUGGGCUUGAUCCAGAGCUCUGAGAAAAAUUUACUUCUGUUGUUCAAGCCACUUGAGUCUCAGGCUUGAGACACAGGAUAGCUAGAGGAUUUGAUCUCUCUAAGUUUUUAGUUUCUUACCAAAAAAUAAAUUAUUUUAAUUUUGAAACAAGGAUCUAUGCUGUAGAACUGAACUUUGUAGUUAUCAAUGAAGUAGCUGAUUUGAAUGACAAAAAGUGCCAAAAGCAAUAUAAUAUUCAUUCAUGGCAGCUGUUAAACUUUAUUUUUUCAAAAGCUUGAGAGAAAAUGCAGGUUGAUUUAAAUGUAAAGAAAAACAGAACUAAAACUCUGCCUUAAAACUGUUAAACAAUGAGUAAUAUUUCUGAGGAAAAUUUCAGUGUGAUACUGUCACAGAGAGAUGACUCCAAGAGAAUUUCAAGUACAAUGUGACCUUUCCCCCACCAAAUUCAAGUUGCAUCAACUUUCCAAAGAUAUAUAUAUAUAUAUAUAUAUAUACAUAUAUACACACACAUGUAUACACACACACACACACAUACACACACAUAUAUAUUGCAUAAAUUAGGCUGCAAUGCACUUGCUAAAUACUUAAGGCUCAAUUUAACAAGCAAUUUCUGGAUGCAGGAGGCGGCCAGCCCUGUAGCUGUCUCCUAAUGCAUGCAUAAACUGUGUUGGUAAUCAGAGCUGUGCAGGGAGUUCACUUUGCACCUCCUAGGGUGCCAAUUUUCAGAAACCAUGAGAGCCCAAUAGAAGAGUCUCACCUAAGAUUCAUCUGUGACCUAAAUGGCAGGGGAAGCCAUUAUCAUUCAUUUUACAUGCACGGUUGGCCGGGGUUGUCAGCUGAGCACCUCUGGACUCCAGGGAAGGAUUUUGCUGGCUUCGAGAGGCCCGAGAAUUGAAAUGGUCAACCAAGGUACUUCAUUAUCCUGAUCAGAAAACACUUGGUAAUUAAAACAGAAGGGUGCACGGGGUCGUGUGCAGGAGCCUGGACUCUCAGAGCCCGGUGGAGGGGCAGGUGAUCAAGGACCACUAAACAAAUAAACAUCUCUACAACUAGAAGUCAAUUAAAUGAGUUGGGUGUGGCAGCACGUGCUUGUAACAAAUCUCAGUUUGGGGAUGCUGAGACAGGUGGAUUCCUGUGAGUUUAAGGUUAGUCAGAAAUGCAUACAAUCCUAUCUUUAAAACAAAACAUAACCCAUCAGUUAAAUGGUAAGGUAUACAGAGUUGUGAGGCCAAAAGCUUUCAGAGACAUGCAAAAUCAGCCUGAGACUGAGGGAGAUAAUGGAAGAGGGAAAUAUGAACCAGAACUUGGAAGUAAAGAAUGGAAAGAAAAGGACACGAGCACUCUGGCGUUCAUCUGGGCAAUAAAGGAACUAUGGUUUAGAGAGGCUGUGCCUACACAUAGGAAAUUUCCAAGACUCCAGUGUCUUCCGGGAUGUCUGGCAUCCUGGACAUCCCAUGGGUCCACACAGUUGUCAUACACUCAUAGGACCCUGUUGCUUAAUGUAGGUGGGUCUUCCUGUAACACACUCUGGGUACCUGAGGUUCCCCAUGGGAUGAGGUAGAAGUUCAUGUGAGCCAAGAUGGCGUCUUGCUUAGCAUCGCUCCUCUCUGGGCAGCUUGUCUGGUUUAUUCACAUUCACUUACGAACGUCAGUGUCCUCGGGUGCUCUCUCAGUUAAGCCAUUUGAAAACAAUCCCCAUCUCACGAUCUGCUGUCUAAGGCACCACUAUCUUCAGACAUGUCCCUAGAUGGCGGUUAUUGCUCACAGGCUAUCUGUGUGAUGGAGGAGGGCAUGUUCUAUAGGAUAGACUGGCUGUCCGAAUGCUGUGCCUAGAGACCAACAUUGGCAGCAAGGAUGAUCUCACGCAAGUUACUACUGUGUUUUCACAUGAGGAAGAUGGGAGAGGACAUAUUAUUGCCCAUAGCCACACAAAGAUUGCAAGUGACACCAUUGGGAUAGAUAGCUGUGCUUGCCUUCACAGCUCCAACAUCUAGUUUGUGAUGAUCAGAAUGUGGAACUGGACAAGGAGGCUGUUCAACACGUUGCUAGGCUGUUUGCUGCAUAACCAUUGUUCUGUUUAGGUUGGAGGGAUAACUGCAUUAACAGAGGCAUAGCUAGUAAGAUGAGCCACCCUGCCUCCAUCUUAGGCUUGAAAGCCAUCUUAGAGUAAAGACAAAUUAGGGUCAUUCUGGUUUAUGGUUAAAUCCGUGUCUCAAGGAUUGGGCUCUGCCCCAUCUGUAAUCUUAACUACAAAUGGUUCUGUACUGCCUGUUCCAGGAAAGGACAACUAUGCUUUUGUUUCAUAAGCAUCCUGCAGCCCUACCUUUGUUUUAAGAAGUUUAUUAUGACUGCCUAUUGCUAUAACUACCUUGUUGCGACCACCUUGUAGUCAUCUCUUUGCCUUAGGAGGUCAUUAUGACUACCUUGUUACUCUUGCCUUCUUCGUGUCCAAUGCUGAUCUCUUGAACCCCUCCCUUAGGGGGAGGGUCUAUAGGAAUUAAAAAGCUCACUUUGAUUGCUUGCUUUGAUUAAUUUGGUCGUGAUGAUUCGGGCCAGUGUUCUUUCUUCCUGGAUCGUUGGAACUGACAAGACCCCUCUGAAGAAUGUCUAAGCAUUAGAGAAUGCCAAGAGUCCUCAUGGAUCCACAGGAGAAGAGUGACAGGCCGCAUUCCUCCACCAGACAACACUUUCUCUUGGAGACUCAGCCUCGGCUGAGUUAGACAGCAGACUUUAUGAGAGUCCCUCCUCUGGGGACUCACAGGCACCGGCAUGCCUUCCUCAGCCACACAUUUAUGAAGAUGAGUGUUUGAGAAAAUCCAUCAUGGCGCCAGUCAUCAGUUCGCUUGACAAGGCUAGCCCAGACUGGGAUCUAGAGAGACUCUUGGCUGAAUGAAUGGCUGUUUCUACAGCAGGAACACCUGUGACAUGUCUUAGUUUUAGAGCUGUCAACCCAAUUCCAUUUUUGAUCUCUGUUGCGUAUGAGAGUGAGUGUUGGCACUGUGAGGAAAAGGUUGAGAUUUUUGUCUUCUCCCUUCUGUUUCCCAUCUGUUUCUCUCCCAAACAAUGGCGGUGAUAUCUGAACACCAAGCGUUCUUUUAGUGCAGGGCUGAGAAUCUCAUUUUUCAGAUGGGCUGAGUGAAGAACCAAGAUAUUCCUCAUGGACUGGAGAUCAUGGAGCUCAGGGCUUCGGAGUGUUUUGUAUACUUGUGUUCCAUGUCUCCAAGGAGUAGCCCUUGCUUUGGUACAGUCCCUUGCUCUAUACAGUGACCCUGCACUCCUCCCCAGGCACAAACUCAUGAGUGUGUAUGGCAUAGCUAUGUCCGUCUCUGUCUACCUGGACAGGAACUUCACAGUCUAAGUGCCAGACACCACAUGUUCCACAUUUUCACCUGUCCUUCUUGCUUGAUCCGAAGGCCUAGAUCCUCUCUCUUUUUUUUUCCCCCUUCAGACAUUUCACAAAUGCUACUGCUUCAAGAUAUUCCUGAAGUUCCAGGGUUUUGUGGGACUUGUUAGUUCUGUUGAGCAAUGGGAGGCAGGGCAGAAAAUCUUAAGCUUGAGGUUGGGCACAGUCCUGUGAAAUCCUAAGAUGUGCUCACAACCCUGAGAGGUAGUGUUCAUGGGAUGCUUCAAGUUCAACGCAGCGUCCGCAGCUACUCACGUCUUUCUAGUGAGCCAUUGGACUGCUGCUGCUGCUCCUGCUGCUGAGAUGUAAGCCCAGAUCUCCAAAAGAGAAGCAAGGGCCUUUUUAUUUUCUCUCAUGCUGCUGUGUUGUUUUCUGAUCAUCAAGAAAAGAAUCAGAUCACCCUCAAAAGGGAAGGUUAAGGCGAUGCACCAAAGUCUGGCUCCCAGGAUAAAAGCUUCAGCAUGGGGCACUGUAAACAGAAGAGCCUGCAGGUCUCUAAAGACCUGUGUUAUGCUCUGCGGAGAGGCCUCUAGGAGCUCUCUGCUCAUCCAGAUACCAGGAAUCUCACUGCUUGGGUCUCCUUGUUGUGUAUCCCACCUUGUGUCCUGGGUCUCCAGGCCCACAAGCCCUUUAGAAGGGGAACGAUCCUGCGAGCAGGGGCAGUGUCUGUUAAAGGUAAAGAUGUGACCCCUUUGACCAAGUAAGCCAAGUAAGAGUAUUUAGAGGGGACCCCUUCAGUGCCCAAGAAUGUGCAAAGACCUCACAGGGACUUGAGGGGUCUAGGCAAAGUGGAAGGACCAGAAAGGGUUCAGAACCUGUAUUCAGAAGAGAAAGGCUGGAAGGUAUACUGUGGGCACUGGGGCUGUGCUAGGGGAUGUCACAAAAUACACUGAGGAAAUGAAGCUGAGGGCAGCAUGUGGCUGGGGUUAGAUGUGAUAGUCCCCCUCUGUGUCCCAUGGUGCUUCAGUCCAUCCACCGCAGACUCAGACCUCUACCUUUGGAUGCAUUUCCUCGUCUUUGAGACUAAAGUUGGAGACCCAGGAGACCCUCCCUUUUUCAUGACAUUUUAGGCACAGGGCCUGGAGCUUGGGUGGGCACUCUCACGUGAUAUCAGUCUUUCUGGAAGUGCCAUUUCUACUGCUUCAUUCCCACCCUGGUCACUCAGUUUUGUCCCUCUUCAUUCGUGUUUUAAGGGCUCCCCAGUGUGGGAGAGCAUUCUCUUGUUGCCUCCUAAUGCUAGCAUACAGUAAGCAUUCAGUACAUUUUGAUGGUGGAAUGUCUCCGGUCUAGCAUUCAUGUGUUUUUCAGGCAGUGAAGAGUCAGUGGAGUAUGACUCCAGGAAGAGUAGAGGGCAAUUCUCCUGGUUGUGUUUCUAAGGCUUGAUUCAGGUUUAUUUUUAGAUCAUGCGGUGCUCUAACCAUUUACCGUGGUGCUCAGCUCAGCAUCCUGCAGUCUCUAGGGCCCGCCUGCCCUGGCAUUGUAUUUUCUUCCUUCGCCACGUUCUUCCCCUUGGGAGUUUUGCCCUCUAUAGUAAGACAAUAGAAUAUGUGACUGGCACUAUCCAAUGAGUCAUCACAACCUUAGUGUGAUUCUUCUCACUGCCACACUCCACUUGAGCUGCUUUUCCGAAAGAGUAAGCUGGAGCCCGAACAAGGCAUUGCUGAAGUUGUCGGGCUCUGGUUGUAUGUGUACAUCCCACAUCUUUUGUAUCUGGCCACUCAUCUGAACCUCUGCGACAGCUGCAUGUAUUUGCAGGGAGGGAUAGAAGCAGAGCAUGGGUGAGGGGAUAGGAGUCAGAGGAGCAAUGGGUGCACAGUACACACACGUGCGUGGGGGCCCAGCCACGCGGUGGUAAGAGCAGAGAGCUUCAGGAGAGCUGAUCCAGGUGGGAGCCAUGGUCUGAGCCCUUGUUUCACAGUUCCCUUUGAAGAGUGCGGGUCACUGAAGACCAAACGGACACUGAGGCUGUGCAGUGAGGUGGGCAGGGAGUCCCUCAGGGCCUUACUUAGCAUCUGUGCAUCUUGGAGCUGAGCUUUAGGACUACAUUCCUUUACUCUCCAAACACAGUAGGUCACGUUUUCAUCUUUGUCCAUUUCUUUUGUUGGCACAAGCACCAGGGUGUACCCAAAGCCCUAAACCAUUUUCAGUGGCGCGCUCUGAAGGUGCAGCUUCCAUUUUAGACUCUGAAAGCCAUUUAGAAGCCAUUCCCACUGGACAAACUCCCACCCACAUCAAGGUACAAAGUAUCUGCACCACAGGAAGGGUGAGUACACUCUGGAUGUGGUAGCGAGGUGGGAGUAUUGUGUCAUUUAGCGCAUCUGACUGUGUGUAACCAUAGAGUGCGACAGAGGCAAAGGUUGGCCCUCGACACUGCUGCCCACAAGAAGUUCACAGUCUAGUGCACUUGACAGGUGUGCUGCAGUCGCAUCCUGCAGGUGUGUGUUUGACACGUGCUGGCUCGGGGAGGUCAGCGUCUGCGCACUUUCAAUAGAGCAUGGCGGAUGAAUGGUGAUGUUUCCCAGAGUGGACUGCUGAGAAGUGGGCAUACUGAGGAGGUGGGGCAAACCAUAUGAUGGACAGAAAACAGCUGGAGUGUGAAAGCCACGUAUGCCAAUAGAGUCUGUUAGUUUAGGCUCUGGUUGUGUUAGUAUGCGUCCAGCUUCGAGGACAGGAACCAAGACCCAUCUAGCUUAAACACAUGAGUGUGCUCCAAGGGGGCCAGGAACAGAUUUCAGCAGCUCAGCUCUAUCAUUGAGGACCCAGUGCUGUCCAGUGCUUUAAUGAUCCUGGCCUCUAGUAGUUCCUCUUCCUAACAGAUUGUGCCAAGGUUAUAAGGCACGCAUGAGGUACUUGACUGCUUGCUUCACUGGGAUCUUUUCCCUCAGUAAGGAAAAUCUUGAAGAAACCUGACACCAGUCAGACUCAACCUUGGGCCUCAGUGACAGAGGUACAAGUACGUGCCAUAUCCCACUCACUGGAAGGGGCUUGCAUGUACUGUGUCUCAGCCUUGUCUUGGGUUAAGCCUAGAAUAUACGGCCUGUUUCAUCUGAGCUCUUGUCCAGGUAGAGAGUGCUAGAAUAGAAGUGGGUCUCUGACAGAAAGCAGGAAUCAGGAACUGUGUAUGGGUUGUUGCUGGGUAAACUGUUUGCUGGGGUAGAUGGACAGUCUUACAGAGGACUAAGCCACAGGGGCUAGGAUCAGCCCGUUGUGUCAAAAGAAAAAGCCCCGUUGCCUGUGUAGGGCUUGGUUUUGUGAGUCAAGCUGGAAACAAAUGAUGUCAUGAGAAUUCAAGCAUCCUCACGAUAGGGCCAGGUGUUUCUUGGCAAAUGGGGACACUUUAGGACAGCAAUACAGAGUAGGGAUUUCCCACUUACAUUUGCUGAGCCCCUCCUCAUGGCCUGUGGCAAGCCCAGAGUUUUUGGGGAGACUUCUUGAGGGAACUACGCCACAGUCUACUCUGAGGGACUUCGGUGAAAAGAAUGUUAGGUGGGGCUGGGAGUGGCUUUGAAAGUUGUAUGUUCAAGACAUUCAUUUUACAAAUGAGGAAAUGGGACCCAGUUAGUUGGAAUGAGAUGUUGAGCCUGGGCUCACUCUUGCUCCUCAGGUGGGUACCCAGGUCUCUGUAGUGAGUGCUAGAGGACCUUUGGACCUCUUUUCCUGGACACAAACUGUAUUAUUGAGCUCAAAAGAAAUUCUAGACAUUAAAAGGCAAGCAAUGAACCCAGCUCCUUGUGUCUUAGUAUAAAUAAGGCCUUUCCCUCUUUCCCUUUGAAUCAGACUUUUAAGAGGAAGAGGCCUGAAACCUGCUGAAUCUGGGGUACAGGGGAGGAAAGGAGGUAGUCCUUGGCAUUUGUAAACCUCUCCUCAUCUUCCUCCUCCACUUCUUGUUCUUGUUCUUCUGGUGUUUUGUUUGUUUGGUUGGUUGGUUUUGUUUUUGUUUUUUGUUUUUGUUUCAUUUUGUUUUGUUUUGGCAUCUCUGAAGACUCCAAGGCCAAGCAGACUCCAGUCAGGCUGAGGUCACUAAGCACAAACAGGGGCAGCUGCCACAGUGUAUGUUCCGGGAGAGACUCUCCUGCUGCACUUUUCUUGAUGUGUCACACUUCCAUUUACAGCCACCCUUCACUCCUUCCCUGGCCUCCUGUGGACCAUGUUGCUUUCCUAUGAGUAGGCAGAUAGCGUGGUGAAUGCAAGCCCGAUGACUUGCAUUUGUAGACAGAGCAUUCAUUCCAUGGAACAGAAGGCACCAAAUAAGCGAAUAAACAGAAGAGAAGACUGUUGGUAAAACACGAGGAUGAGGGCUGAGCACAAAGCACUUUCUGACACAACACCAUGUGUAAUCACCCCGAAUCUCUUUAUUCCUUCUUGGCUUUUGACAAUAUUCUUAAAUUGUGUGUGUAUGCAUGUGUGCAUGUGAGUGUGUAUGUAUGUGUGUGUGUGUGUGUGUGUGUGUGUGUGUGUUUCUGGUAUGUCAUAAAACUAUUAAUGUUGCAUGUAGAAGGCAUGAGGAGGGUGAGCUAAGUAUGUAUUGAUGACAGCAUCCUUGCCAUCGCCUCACAGAUGAUCCGUUUCCAUAGAACAGUGAAAAGAGGAAGGUUGUGCACAUACGUGUGUGUCUCUGUGAGACUAUCUUAGCCUGGAGAAACAUGGAGAGAAAUGUAGCGAUUCUAUGGAAUGUGCAUCAGCACUGUGUAUAAUGUUGCUGCUGUGGGCCUGGAUGGGAGCAGCUGUAGGCAGAGAUGGGAUGAGUCAGAAAAGGGAAGGUAAAACCAAUGGAAGGCAAUACUUCUAGGACAGAACCUGACAGCUCAGCAGUUGGGAGCACUGGCUGCUCUUGCAGAGGACUGGUGUGUGGUUCCCAUCGCCCAUGUGACUGGACACAAACAUCUGUGACUCCAGUUCCAGGAGAUCUGACCCCCUCCUCCUCAUGCACCGCACAAACGUGGUCCACAGACAUGCGACAGGCAAAACACCCGCAUGGGUAAAAUGACACAUUAAACACAAGAAAACAAAACCAAGAUGGGAUCUGGUCCCCGUGUUCCCAAGAGGAUGCUGAUGUUGGCUGUUCGUCUAUACAGCUCCGUCACCGAGGAGCCUUGAGUGAGGGUGUGCUAUAGUGCCUUAAAUGGAAGGUGCUGGCUCCCUAGAGAUGCCGACCCCUUUCAUUUUCUUCUCACCUUUGUCGUUUCUCAUCUACUGCUUGUAUUCUCCUGCCAUCUUCAUGUCAGUAAUGGCUGAAUUAUAAUUGAAAGUGUGUAUAUAAUGUGCGUAAUUAUAUACACAAUCAUAGUAAGGUUAGUUUGAAAUUACACAGUUUAUUGUGAUGUAUAAAUAUCCACCUGAAAAACUCUAUUUCCAUCUUGUGAUAUAAAGGACGCUUCUGUUCUGGAGAGAGAACUUUGAACAAGUCGUUGUCAGCUGACAUUUUAAAUUCACAGCUCACAGACCCUUCCAAAAACCAGGACUGCAGCUCUGGUUCUCCAGAACACAGACUUGGUGCUUUGUGCUAGGGAACAAACAGAGAGAGGUCCCCUCCAGCCUCUCCAAUGGUGACAGAAAACCAGUAGUGAGUGUUAAGUGCCUUCCGUGGUCCAGGUACUGUUAUCACAGUAGAGCAGUAAGUACAGUUUUGUGUCCAUUCUGAAGAGCAAGAAACUGAGGCUCAAGAGUAGUAUGUAACCUACUUGGUGUGAAAUCUGCUGACGCAAGUUUUGAGCUAUUUGAUGCCAUAGCCCCCUUUGCCAUUAAAAAAAGAAAAUCUUUUAUACUUAA